UCGAGGGAGGUAGCGUGAAGUUUGUCCGCGCUGGCUGCCCAUCCCUGUGGAAGCUCAUGCCAUUGUCUCGUUUUCAAAAACAGUCUGUCUAGUCGGAAACAUUGAAACUGGGUAAUUAUAGUUAAGGCUUGUUUCAGACGCUGCCAAAUCCAAGUAUGAGCUUAUGAGAAGUGUACGAGUAGCCCUAGUAUGCAACAAGUAGUUGAACAUAGAAAAGAGCAUUUGGAGUGAAGAGAAGCGCGCAGAGCAGGUGUUGCUGUUGCUGAAUGGUAUGAGUUUUUGAGCAGUGCCAGAAGUCAUGGCAGAGCUGGAAGUGGAUCAGUCCAACCUGCCCAGAGUCCAGGAGGUGUGCCAGUGUUUUGCUGAACUGGAGGAUGGAGCUCUAGCUCAUAACCUACAGGAGCAGGAAAUUGAGCAGUACUACAACUCAAAUGUGCAGAGGAGUCAGCUGGUGCAAAGGGACAUCAGAGUAGCUAAGAGACUCCAAGAUGAGGAAGAGUAUAGAGCUCAGAUGCUGCAGCACCAGGCCACUCACCAGCUGGAGGAACGGGACUCUGAAUAUGCACGCAUGAUUCAGGAGGAGAUCCAGCGGAGUGCGGACGAAGCUUGGAGGAGGGAGGUGGAGGACGAGGAAAUAGCAAAAAGGAUACAGGAAGAGGAAGAGCUUUAUUUGAGACACAGGAGCAGUUACCAAAAUAAAGAUGGUAGAGGACCUGCUCUUAGGAGUGGAACGGCUGCUCUUGACUUGGGAGAGCUGGAGAAAGUGCUACUGGAUGAGGAGCUGGCCCGCAGGCUUCAGGAAGAGGAGGAGAGAUCGGCCGAAGAGACUCAACAAGGUCCCUCUCCUCUUAGAAGGGACUGUCCUAUUGGAGAUUUCAGAGCGGCACAGGUUGCUCAAGAUGAGGAAAUUGCACGUUUCAUGCAGAAACAGGAGAUUAAGGCUAAACAGAGGUCUCCUGAGCUGGAAUCUGUUCGAGAAUACUGGGAGAAUGACAGGAGAACAGCAUGUGACAGACAGAGGCGCAGACUGGAUGCUGAAGGUCUUCAGUACCCAUUUGAUGACUUCACCCCAGACAAUCAACUCCCUAGUCACAUUUCCGUGACAAUGCAACCGCAAGCCAUCAGGAAUAUUGCUGAAGAGCUGGACCCAACCUUUCAAAGGAAGGAUUCUGCUGAAUCGGGACAAAUUAAUGGUUCCUGUCAAAAUCAAACAUCACAAGAAGUAGGUUUGAAGAGCCCCUUGGAAGAACCUACUUUUGUGCCCCCCACAAAACGACAGAGUGACAAACUGGAACGAGUAAAGCCCAAGGAGAAAAAGGAAAAUGCAAAACAGAAAGAGAACUGCAAGCAGCAGUGAUGCUGGACAUGUGUGAAAUCAACUGCAAUAAUGAAUUAAUAACCAAAUUAGAUUAAAGAAAUGCAUGCAUGUCCUGGCAGUUUGGGGCUUUCCAGUCUUCUGCUUUCUCCAAGACUUGGGAUACUUUUGUAUUCAACAAAUCAACUUGAACUUGCAAAACAGGGACACUCCAUUCAGAUAAACAGAUGUUUAAUAGUAAUAGCAUUAAGUCAUGUCAUGCUCUAUUGGUUUGUUUCAUUUUUAUUUACCUUCUGGUUAGAGGCUGGUAUGUCACCACAGAGGGAAAGCUCCCACUAGCGGUACUUGGCAUUACGCAUUUGACUUCUGGGAAAACCUGAAAUGAUACUAUGCUUUGAUAAAGGAAGUUAGCACAUUGUUGAGUGAUCCUCUUUGGAGUUUUUCUGCAUGAUUCUUGAUCUCUUAAGAUAUUUAAUCAGGCAUUCUUUUUUAAUUGCUUGUACUUUUUUCCUGUAUUCCAGGAACUACACUAGUCUUAAUUUGCCCAAAGUGUCAUUUUAAUUUCUAAUGGUUGCCUUCAGUAUGUAAGAAUGUCUUUGUAUAAAGUUAUAAAAAAAAAACUUUUGCAAAACCAAGUCAUGCUUUCACAAAUUAAAUGUUUAUUAUUCUUAAUAUUAUUUUAAUAGUUACUGGUUUACGAGACUGCGCCUUCUUUGUAGUGUACAUCAGCAUAGUCUCUAUAUAUGCCCUACAGUAGUUUUACCAGGCUGGAGGAAAUGACACUUUCAUGUAUGUUUUCUUGUAUUUUUUAACUGAUGCUGAGUGCUAAGAUUAUGUUUUCAUUGUAUUCACUACUGUUAUGGCAAUAAUGUGUUGUCAUGAAUCAGUAGGCCUUCAUUGCCUAUCUAAAGUUUAAAGAUUGCUUUGUACAGAAGACACAAAUUUUUAUUUAUAUAUGUAUAUAUAUAUAUAUACAUAUCUUUCUUGAUGUACAUCAAUAAACACUUUUUACAUUUACAGCAGAAAUUUCGUGGAUUUAAAUUUAGACUAGACAGAGGUUAAGACUUUCCCUAAUACCAACAAAUUCAUGCAAAUCUCUGCGGGAAGCACCUCAAACAUCAAGUUCCAAAGAGACCUUCCUUCUCUUCCCACAAAAUGAAACUUGCGUGUAAAAAAAAA